AGCCAUGCUUGAAAAUUUAAAAACUUUUCAAAGGUUGCAGUUUGGAUGUAGACGUCCGUGCGCCUGCAACAGCGAGCGGGCUUCCACUUUGCCCAUCAACCUGUCAGAUCGGAUGUCCUGAUGAGAGAUCCGGUUGAAACGUCAACUGCCAUGGCUUACCAUCCUUUCCAAUCUCACUGUCGAGGUGCCUCGUCGUUGUCAAACUUCUUUGCCUCUCAGCCCCCGUUUUUCCCUGCGCACACUUUCCCAAACGCCGCCUCUCUGUCCGAGCCUCAGUCGGAGCAGGCUGCCACUGACGCGGGGCUGCACGCAGGGCUCGGACUUCAGCCGGUUCACUCGCUGUCAUUGGAGGACCUGCGGCCAGAGGAAGGGCCGGCUGAUGACCCAAAAGUCACACUGGACGCGCAGAAUUUAUGGCGUGAAUUCCACAAUCUGGGAACUGAAAUGGUUAUUACAAAAUCAGGAAGGAGGAUGUUUCCACCUUUCAAAGUGCAGGUAAAGGGGUUGGAUGAAACAGCAAAGUAUAUCCUGCUGAUGGACAUUGUUGCUGUCGAUGACUGCCGCUAUAAAUUUCACAACUCCAGCUGGAUGGUGGCAGGGAAGGCUGACCCAGAGAUGCCAAAGCGCAUGUAUAUCCACCCGGACAGCCCAUCCAAAGGAGGGCAGUGGAUGAGCAAGCCUGUUGCUUUUCAUAAACUCAAGCUCACCAAUAAUGUUUCAGAUAAACAUGGAUUUACAAUUCUGAAUUCAAUGCAUAAAUACCAACCCAGAUUUCAUGUUGUGAGAGCCAAUGACAUAAUGAAGCUUCCAUACAGCACCUUCCGGACUUAUGUUUUCCCAGAGACAGAGUUCAUUGCUGUCACUGCGUAUCAGAAUGAAAAGAUUACUCAGCUAAAAAUUGACAACAAUCCUUUUGCCAAAGCAUUCAGAGACACUGGAAAUGGGAGACGAGAAAAGAGGAAUAAUCAGGUAACCAUUUCUUUGCUGCAUGAGAACCAAAGCAAGGCAGACCAGGACUGUGCUGAUUCUGAUGACUCAUACGAGCAACCAAGUACUGGUGAUCCCUUUUAUUCCACUCGGGAGCUGGUGAGCAGCCCUCUGAUGUCCAUACCCUGUCAAGAUGAAAACAAUACUGGAAGUGAUUCAGAUAUUGAUCUACAAGAUGAGGACAUUGCUGAAGCCAGCUCUUCCAGGCCAGAACAUAUGUGUAUUUUGAGUCAGAAGAGUGAGGAGACACUGUGGAACAAGUCUGUUCUCCGUAAGAGCAAUGACAAUCAGGACACAACAAAACAAAGUACAAUGUUGAGAAUGUCACAUGACAUGUGCUCUGUGGAGAUUGACUUUUCGAAACAGCACCCGAGUGAAAUCAAUGAUGAGGUCCAGCCUGUGUCGUUGCAAAGUCAAAACUCAUCAUCCCUCAGUGUUGGACACCAUCGGACUUUGGAUUUCUCAAGUGUGCCCAGCCAAAAGUUUUGUAAGCUCGAGACAUCCUUGUUUCAUCCUGGAGAGUUGCCAGUGAAGCCAGAGGCUUUUUCCACCAUGGGACAUCUGUUUUCUUCAUUGUCUCAUGUAAAUAACCAAGAAAAUGGGGGUCUCUCCUCCCAAAGCAUCACCUCUCCAUCUCCCUUCAGGUUUCACUUGUCCCAGAACAUGCUGGCAUCUCAGGGAAUUUCACUGUCACCUUUCAGAGGAAUGUUGUAUCCAUACCGCUACACGGCUGCACCAACUGCAAUUUCUACAGCUUUCCCCACCUGUUCUUCAACCUCUGCACUGUCCAGAAAACACUCUUUCCGCAGCCUUCAGCCUUGGUUGCGAUUCAGCCCUUACCUGAUCCCCACCUCUUUCACCUCAAGACAAAACAUACUUAGAUCUGGAUUGCCUGUCAACUCAAAAUCACAUUCUGAACUGUCUAAAUCAGGAAGCAGAGAAUCGAGUCCAGUGUUUGACAGUUACAGUCACAAAAUCAAGGCCAAACAGAAGACUGCUCCACCAAAAAACAUUCUUAACGGUUCCAUAAAUUAACUGCAAAAUAUGCAUUAUCUGAUGCAAGGACUUGAUUACCUACAGCCUCCACAACAGACUUUCUUAUAUGCCUACAUGUAAGGAACAAUGGGUGAUGGACCGAUGAUUUUAUGAAGCUGCACGUAAUAAUCAUUUAGAAUAAAUAUUCUGUCAGAAACUGUAUGUAUUGCUGCUAUUUAACAUGCCAUUACCGUAUCUCAUCAAU